GCAGAUGACAGAGACGAAAAGACAACACGGGCAGAACUCCAUACAUUUGACCACAAGCGUCGACAAUUAAACACAUUUCAUAACUGCCCAAUCAUUGAUGUUAAGUAACGUCAACAACGGGAUGUAGCCGAUGAAAUGGAGUAUGAUGAGAGACUUGCACUUUUCCGCCAAACCCGCCUCAAUCCAUUUGAUCGUGGAGAGGAAGAAGAUGGUCCCCAAGGAGGCAAGACACCCCCACAGCAUGAAGCAAGACCUGAGCUGUUCUCUGGGACCAGAAUCCACAGUUCAGAUCGGACCAUGGACCUCGGUCUAGCUGAGGACCACUUCUCAAGACCUAUGGGUUCGUUUGUGGCUUCAGACAUUGAACAGCUAAAAAUGGCCAUAGAGGAGUGUAAGAAGCUGAUCUUGGAACUGCCAGAACAUUCGGAGAGACAAAAGGACACAGUGGUGAAACUUAUUCACCUACGACUCAAACUGCAAGAGCUUAAGGACCCCGAGGAGGAUGAGCCUAAUCUGAGAAUGCUACUGGAGCAUCGCUUCUCAAAGGAAAAGAGCAAGAGUGUGAAACAGACCUGUGACAAGUGUAGCACUAUCAUCUGGGGCCUUAUACAGACCUGGUAUACAUGCACAGGUUGCUAUUACCGUUGCCAUAGUAAGUGUAUGAACCUGAUCACUAAGCCCUGUGUGAGGUCAAAGGUCAGCCAUCAGUCGGAGUAUGAGCUCAGCAUCUGCCCUGAAAUUGGACUAGACCGUCAAGACUACCGUUGUGCAGAGUGUCGCACACCUAUUUCACUGAGGGGCGUGCCUAGUGAGGCGAGACAAUGUGACUACACAGGACAGUAUUACUGCAGCACGUGCCACUGGAAUGACACAGCGAUUGUCCCAGCUCGUGUCAUCCACAAUUGGGAGUUUGAACCACGCAAGGUUUGUAGAUCAUCUUUGCGCUACCUGGCCCUGAUGAUGCCUCGGCCUGUGCUGAAGCUGAAAGAAAUCAACCCGCUGCUAUUCAACUUUGUGGAGGAACUUGUUGAGAUCAGGAAACUCCGCCAAGAUAUUCUGUUGAUGAAGCCGUAUUUCAUCACCUGUAAGGAAGCUAUGGAGGCUCGGCUUCUACUACAGCUACAAGAUCGCCAGCACUUUGUGGAGAAUGACGACAUGUACUCACUACAGGAUUUGAUUGACAUCUCCAGUGGCCGACUCAGUUGUUCCCUUACAGAAAUCCACACCACAUUUGCUAAGCACAUCAAACUUGACUGUGAGCGCUGUCAGGCCAAAGGAUUUGUGUGUGAGCUGUGUAAGGAAGGAGACAUCCUGUUCCCUUUUGACAGUCACACCUCAGUUUGUCACGACUGCUCUGCUGUCUUCCACAGAGAUUGUUACUAUGACAACUCCACAACUUGUCCACGAUGUGCCCGGAUGACUGACCGCAAGCAGGACGAGGAACCAGAUGUGAAAGAUGUGUAACAUUCUGUGGAGAGGACCACCCAAUGUUACUGGAUGUUGCACUUUGCCUAACGUUGAGUUUUUCUCAAUCAAGAAAGUGAAAGAAACGUGUUCAGACUUGCUGUUUGUGUUUGUCUUUGGUUUUAUGCUUAUGUUGAUACUGUAGUGUCUUAUCUUCCUGUGCACUACAUAAUGAAGCGGGGUACUUAGAAACCCCAUCUGAAAAAUAAUAUAUAUUUUUAUCCAACUUUUUAAUUCAUACUACAAAUUGGAUGUACUGAACACUGUGUUUGUGUGUGUGUGGGGGCAUGGGCGCUUGCCUGCUUGUGUAAAUGUACAAAAUAAAUGCCAUAUAGAGAAAAACCAUCUUAUCAGUAGGUGAUUUGCAUGCAGGAUUUAUAGUUAUAUUAACCAUUACAAGCCUCAACUGCAUUAAUCUAUACUACCAACUUUGCUGUAUACUAAACUUAAAGGUUGCCAUAAAUUAAAACUGGUUUUGGAUUUUAAAGAUUAUAACUUUAGCUUCCAAAGACAAAAUCACCUAAUUAUAUUAAGCAGAAAUUUGCCUUUAAGUCAGCUGUAAAAAAAAAAAAAAAGAAAAAAAGAAAAGUCCUCUAAACAUAUUGCAUAGUUAGAAAUUAACAUCACACUGAGCUGAAGCAGCAAUUUCACAUCAGACAGUAGGACACAACUUAAAAUACAUGGUGUCAUUCUUAAUCACUGCUAUUUUAUCAUCCCUCUCUGAAUCAUUCAAUCAUCACUUGUUAACUUCCACCACUGGAUAUUUUGUUGAUAUGUUUCAUAUGUAACAUUUCAGGUCGUUAAAAAAGUAUCCAUUUAUUUCCUGGGUUUCUAUUAUGUGUUCAUUUCCAUAAAGGCCUUCUUUCAGUUUGUUAGUAGUCAACAAGCUGUCUUGAAUAUUCCUGGGGG